AUGUCCGCCUUCUGCUUGGCGGGGCCCCUUUCAGCACCUUCGGAGCUGGACAGCGCCUGCCGCAUGGAGCGCCCGGGAGCGGCCCAGGCGGCGGCGGCGGCGACCGCGGCGGCCAAGGAGACCCGCAGCCCGCCGCCAGGCCCCGCCGCGCCCGCGGCGGCCCCGUCCGCCUCGGCCGUGGGCGGCGAGCUGGAGCUGGCGCUCGAGGAGGAGCUGGCGAUGCUGGCCUCGGCCGGGGAAGCGCCCGGGGAGGCCGAGCCGCCAGGCCCGGCGGCGCCCCAAGCCGAGCCGGAGCUGCUGUCGCUGAUGAGGCAGAAGGAGAAGGACUUGGUGCUGGCCGCCCGGCUGGGCAAAGCCUUGCUGGAGCGCAACCAGGACAUGAGCCGCCAGUACGAGCGGAUGUACAAGGAGCUGACCGACAAGCUGGAGCACUUGGAGCAAGAGAAACACGAGCUCCGGAGGCGCUUUGAGAACAAGGAAGGCGAAUGGGAAGGCCGAGUCUCGGAGCUGGAGAGCGACGUCAAGCAGCUUCAGGAUGAGCUGGAGAAGCAGCAGGUUCAUCUCCGGGAGGCUGAUCGGGAGAAGACGCGGGCGGUCCAGGAACUAUCUGAACAGAACCAAAGACUCUUGGAUCAGCUCAGUAGGGCAUCAGAAGUGGAAAGGAAGCUUUCUACACAAGUUCAUGUCCUCCAAGAGGACUUCAGGGAGAAGAGGUCAUCGACCAACCAGCACAUAGUACGACUCGAGAGUCUUCAAGCAGAGAUUAAGAUGCUGAGGGAUCGGAAGCAGGAUCUGGAGCGCCGUCUCAGCGCCGUGAUGGAGGAGAACAGCCUGCUCCAGGGGGCGGUGGAGGAACUUCAAGACCGUGUCUUAAUUUUGGAACGGCAAAGCCAUGAAAAGGACAUGCAGUUGCACCAGAGCCAAGUGGAGCUUCAGGAGGUGAGGCUGUCUUAUCGGCAGCUGCAGGUCAAGAUGGAGGAGCUGCAUGAGGAGAGAAGCCUCCAAGACUUCAACUCCACCAGGAUGUCCUUGCUGUCAGAGAUCGAACAGAGCAUGGAAGCUGAGGAACUGGAGCAAGAGCGAGGACAGUUGAGGCUCCAGCUAUGGGAAGCCUAUUGUCAAGUUCGCUACUUGUGCACCCACCUCCGAGGGAACGACAGUGCGGAUUCUGCUGUCUCCACCGACUCUUCCAUGGACGAGUCUUCAGAAACCUCCUCAGCCAAAGACGUUCCGGCCGGCAGCUUGCGGGCUGCCCUCAGUGAACUGAAGAGGCUGAUCCAAAGCGUGAUUGAUGGCACGGAUUCCCCGGGCUCUCGAAGAAGUGAUGAUGAUGCUUUAGAAGAACAGAUCAAGCAGACGAGUGAAGAUUCAAGAGCCCUGAGGGAGUUAAUGGAAGGCGAACGGGGGAAACUGAGGCAGAGUCUGGAAGAGCUGCAGCAGCUUCACAGCCAGGUGACUCUGCUGAGUGUAGAGAUGACUUCUCUGAAGGAGGAAAGAGACCGACUCCGGGGAUCGGCGGAAGAUAAGGAGAUGAAUCAGCAGCUCUUGAAGGCUAUCAAAGACCGAGAUGAAGCAAUUUCCAAGAAGAAUGCUGUUGAAAUGGAACUGGCCAAAUGCAGAAUGGAUAUGAUGUCAUUGAACAGUCAGCUCCUGGAUGCCAUUCAACAGAAGCUUAAUCUUUCGCAGCAGCUGGAGGCGUGGCAGGAUGACAUGCAGAGGGUCAUCGACCAGCAGCUGAUGGACAGACAUCCUAAGGAAUGGAGCCAGCCAACGUACAACUUCAACACCAGCAGCCACGGAGCCAAGCGGCACACCAGACCCUCGCCCUUGCUGAGGCUCCAGCAGCAGGGCUCCGGGCCGGCCGGAGCAGAAGGGAACCGCCUGCUUUCCUUUUUCAAGAAAAAUUAAUUAGAAGGGAGUGAGAGCUUGGUGGUCAAUGUUUCCCUAUGUAGUCUUCUUGUUGAGUUGUUGAUUGGGAGUGAGGAAGGAAGCUGAGGAAAGCUGGUGGCAGAUGCUCCCCAGUCCUGAUCAUCAUGCAAGCUACUGCCAAAAGGGCAUUCAGCACUAUAUAUAUUACACACACACACACACACACACACACAUACACACACACAAGCUGUGAGAUUUGAACUCCAAGUUUACAGGCAUCCCUGCCCAUCUCUUUGCAUAACAGCACAGCAGGGAAGGACACUUCUUAACCCCUUAACCAACAACCAUCAGGAAACGCCAAGCCUUCAGGGGCUUUGGUUAGACACUGAUCCUGGCUUUUUCCUGCUGUGUACAGGAUUUCAAGGUCGUUGGCUUUUGGCAGAGAGCAAACUAAAAUUGAAAUUCAGGUGUAGAAAGACAAAGGGAAAAAAACAGACCCAUUGAUACACAGCAGGGUAAGACCUAAACUUGUUAUCAACCUGCUGCUGUUCUGGAGU